GCUGGAGGACUGUGACCCGGGGCCACCUACCAGGCCGGGCCUCCCUGCUCCUGACUGAUAGUCACACACACAGUUCCACUGCUGGUAUCGUAACAUGGGGAACCUACUGAAAGUUUUGACAUGCACAGAUCUGGAACAGGAGCCCAAUUUUUUCCUCGAUUUUGAAAAUGCCCAGCCCACAGAUGCAGAGCGAGAGGUGUGGGACCAGGUGGACGUAGUGCUGAAGGAUGCAAAAGGGAUCCUGGACGAGCUGCAGGCGUACAAGGGAGCGGGGCAGGAGAUCAGAGAGGCGAUCCAGAAUCCAAGUGAUGAGGCGUUACAGGAGCAGGCGUGGGCGGCUGUGGUUCCCUUAGUGGGGAGACUGAAGAAGUUCUAUGAGUUCUCCCAGAGAUUAGAGGCGGCGCUGCACAGCCUCCUGGGAGCUCUGACCAGCGAGUCUUACGACGACCCCACUCAGCACCUGGAGCGGGAGCAGGCGCUGGCCAAGCAGUUCGCAGAGAUCUUGCACUUCACACUGCGUUUUGAUGAACUCAAAAUGACAAAUCCUGCCAUUCAGAAUGACUUCAGCUACUACAGGAGAACACUGAGCCGCAUGCGGAUCAACAACGUACCGGCGGAGGGUGAAAACGAAGUCAACAACGAACUGGCCAAUCGGAUAUCUCUGUUUUACGCCGAUGCCACGCCCAUGCUGAAGACAUUAAGUGAUGGCACAACGAAGUUUGUGUCAGAGAACAAGAACCUGCCCAUCGAGAACACGACAGACUGCUUAAGCACAAUGGCGACAGUGUGUAAAGUCAUGUUGGAAACGCCGGAGUACCGUAGCCGAUUUACUAGCGAGGAGACGGUGUCUUUUUGCCUCCGGGUCAUGGUCGGAGUCAUCAUCCUGUACGACUACGUCCAUCCUGUGGGAGCUUUCGCCAAGUCGUCCAAAAUUGAUAUGAAAGGCUGCAUCAAAGUCCUCAGAGAUCAGCCUCCGAACAGUGUAGAAGGCCUUCUCAACGCUCUCAGGUACACAACCAAGCAUCUGAAUGAUGAAUCAACCAACAAGACUAUCAAGAGCAUGCUGCAGUAGGACUGAGCUGCUACAGCUGCUUGCCUCACACCCUGCUGGGGGGAGACACGACUCUCCUGACUGAUGUCGGUGCACAGAAUGUUUUUUUUUUUCUCUUGGCUUUUUUUUUUUUUUUAUUUUUAAAUGAAAAAGAGCUAUAGCUCCGCCCUCUUUUAUAUUGCAAAAUGCUACUGCCAUUAUGAACGUCUUUUUCUGUGCCAAAAAGAUGUUGCUGUAAUGUUUUCGAAAGAAGGCCAUGCAUCUAUGGCAGCUAAUGAAAGCAUUGUGGAUCCUCUGGUGUUUUUAAAAAAUAUCUUGUUUUUCCCUAUAUAAGGGACGGGAGUGCUUUGACUUGAAAAUUUAAAAAAGAGAGAUAUAUAGAGAAGUAUAUAUUAUUUUUGUUUGAUUCGUUAUUUAAUAUUACAUCUUCUGCAUGAUGAAAAUUGUCUUUUCCUUCUAUUUAAAAAAAACUAAUGGUUCAGUUUCAUUUGUCUGCUCGGUUGUGCAUUAUUACUUGUUUUGUUAUUGAAAUGGUACUUGUCAAAAUGAGAUUUAAGAGUACUGUUUUUAUAUUUUUUAUAGGUUUUAAUUUUGUGCAUAUGUCUCUUUUUUCAUAGUUGUGUUGUAUUUUUCAUUUGAAAACUUAAAACUGUGAUUUGUGCAAAAUCAAAUUAAAAUUGGGAUUCUGUACUGUAAAUGAACAGUAUGUUGUGGCUGGAGAAAUUAAAAGGAGAAGUCUUGUUUUCUACAA